ACACAUGACAUACGUCAUUUGUGUAUGACAUUUUUAAUUUCUGUUUAUCAUCGCGUUGCGGUUCUUCAAAAAAGAUUUCUUAUUUUUGUGAUUGAAAUAAUCAACCAUGAGUUUGGAAGAAAUUUGUGGAAUUCCACAAUAUAACUCUCUAGAUUAUGAAAGAUUAAUGCACGAUGAUGGCUUGUCCAGAUAUUGCAGGAACUUUGAUAAUGGCAUGGACUUAGCAGUGCCCCCUUUUCUAAAUCAAAGCAAUAAUUUUGCCAAAUUUACAAAGGACGACAGUGGACGUGAAAUCAAAAUUAAUUUUGACCAUGGUACAACUACUCUGGGGUUCAUGUACAAAGGGGGUGUAGUACUCGCUGUAGACUCUAGGGCAACAGGAGGUCAAUUCAUUGGGUCGCAAACUAUGAAGAAAAUUGUAGAAAUUAAUGAUUUUCUGUUGGGUACUUUGGCUGGAGGAGCAGCAGAUUGUGUAUACUGGGAUCGAGUUUUAGCUAAGCAAUGUAGAAUGUAUGAACUCAGAAAUAGGGAAAGAAUUUCUGUUGCAGCUGCUUCUAAGUUGAUGGCCAACAUGGUUUACAAUUACAAGGGAAUGGGGUUAUCUAUGGGAAUGAUGUUGGCUGGUUGGGACAAGAGGGGUCCUCAACUUUACUAUGUCGAUUCUGAAGGGCUUAGAACACCUGGAAAAGUGUUCAGUGUAGGUUCAGGUUCCAUCUAUGCUUUUGGUGUGCUCGAUUCAGGUUACAAAUGGGAUUUGACAGACGAAGAAGCAUAUGAUUUAGGUCGCAGGUCUAUCUAUCAUGCUACCCAUAGAGAUGCUUAUUCAGGAGGUAUUGUAAGAGUAUACCACAUGAAGGAGACUGGCUGGGAACUUAUUGAUAAUAAUGAUUGUAACGAUUUGCACUAUAAGUACCAAGAGGAGAAGUCUAAAGAGGGUGGUGCUUAAUUUUAUUUCUUAGGUUAAGGUUUUUGAAUAAAUGUAUUUCUAUUAAUUCAUAAUAAAUAAUUUCUCAAUUGGAUAA